CGAUUUUUAUCAGGAUGCUCGACGAGCAACAAUGCCGUAUGCCGACGAUACUGCCUCGCUGUUCAGCACGACAACGACCUUGCUAGAGCUGCCGAGCCUCACUCGCGAAGGCACGAGCGGAUUCGAUGCGACGUCGUUAGAGUGUGGUGGCGGUUUGAGCGCAGAGGAGACCUUUGUCACCUUUAUAUGCUCCUACAAGAAUUACAACCCAGAUGAUCACUUUCUGAAGCUGCUUGAGCGGGUUGGAUGUCCAGCGUCAUUUGGAAGGAAUUCGGCCACGGGAUUGACGUCUCUAAAGAAACGCUUGAGCGUGCAGAUACCUCGCAGGUUCCUGCUGCAGUCGCCCACUUUUCACCGCAAUCCUCGCGACGAGGCUGAGGUGCAACAAAUCGUAAACGACACCAAAAAGAAAACGAGUGAAGCGAUCAAUACACUGUUCGACUCUGAGCGCCCCACGCUCCUGCUCGUCAGGGAGCGCGAAGUGCUGGGCGUGAUCAUCACAGCUUUGCUCAAAGCUCUAGACUUGAGCAAUCCUCUCUUCGUUUACCCAGCACCAAGCAUCGUACAAGCGCCAAAAUGGGCAACUGUCAAAAACGCAUCCUUCAUGGCCGCUGCAUCGGCUGAUGUCAAGUGGGCGACAUUGACCAUACUGACCCCUCCUGCAGAAGGACAUACCAACGAAAUUACCAAAGAGCAGGAAGCAGCUUACCUGAAGGACCAAUAUGGCUCCGGUGCUAAGCCGCGCAAAACCAAUGCUGAGCUGCUCGCUGCAAUGUGGGAGCCAGACGACAUCGCCGAGCAACAGCUUGAUCGCGUUCUCGAAGCACUCGAGAGACGAGGCGGCAUCUGGACGCACGCGGCGCACCGCUCGACUCCAGGCUUGCGAAAUCCCGACCCGAAACAGAGACCCGAAUUCAUCGUCCGUGGCGUCUUUCCACUGAUCUUCAUCGAGAGGUGCAGAAAGUACGCCGAAAAGCAGCGAAUGCCAAUGCCGUCCGACGUGUCGCCCGAGACGAAAGCGAAAUGGGCACCUAUCAUCACAUCCGCGCGCGGUGUCGCCAGUGAGCAUGAACACCAGUCCGAAGAUGCUCUGGCUGGCUGCUCAAUACGUUGCACCGACGAGCCCUUCAAAGGGGCUAAAUGGAAUGAUCGCUUCUUUACCAGCAAUGUGGCAGGAGGGAGCGGCGCAUGACCAGAUCAGAACGCGCGCCGCUCCGUUCCUCUGCUUGGAUCUCGAGCGAGGUUCAAGCUCCAUCCAGAGUCUUGGUAGACCGUCUCAAAUCAUGAGGAAGGAUGGGCACAGGACAUCAUCGAAAGAAUCACUUGUACAUACAGCCACGGGAACGAGGAAAUGAAACAAUUCUGCGGCGUUUUCAGUAGUCACUAUCGUUCGCAUCAUCGUCGUCCUCGUCGUCGCUUUCAGCGACGACUUUUCGAGCCCGGCCACGUGUUGGCCUGGUCUGCCGCUGUGGUGCCUUGG